AUGCCCGUGUUUACUAACACUGGUGCCACCAUAGCUCAAAAAGUCGCAACUGGAAGUGCCAUGUUGGCAGCAGAAAAACGAAACAUUGCAUAUCCCAAACGUCGCAAAUCAGUCAGCCAGACCUACGUUCCACCUGCCGUAAACACCAAUGGGCAGCAACCAAUGCACGGAGAGAAACAAAUGGAAGUCAAUACUGACGAAACCAGAGAUGUCAGUGCUCUUUUGGCACAUGAAAAAGCGACAGAUUGCAUAUCCAAGAAGUGGGCCGUCUGA